CACCUGAGACUGACCAUGAAGGUCUUACCUGCGCCGGAGACCACCAGACCCAGGACUAUCAGAAGGAUUUCUAAGCCUGUGAUGGAGAAACGCAGACGUGAGCGGAUCAACAGCAGCCUGGAGACACUCCGACUUCUGAUGCUGGAAAACAUCGAUGAUGAGAAACUGAAAAAUCCAAAGGUGGAGAAGGCCGAGAUUUUGGAGAGUGUGGUCCAGUUCCUGAAGACCGAGAAUGAGGUGAAGAAGAGGCAGCGGGCCAUGAAGAGAGUCCGAGAGCAGCCCCCCUCCAGCAGCCACUACCAGGAGGGCAUGAGGUCCUGUCUGCUCCGGGUCAGCCACUUCAUAGCCAGCAAGACCCAGGAGCCGGAGACCACCGCGGGUCUGGGCCCCCUCCAGAUGCCCCCCACCCACCUCUCUGGACCUGGCCAGCUGCAGAGGGUGCUGAUGUCGUCCCCUCCCACCGGUCCCGGCCCCUCUCCUCAUCACCUGCCCCACCUCCACCGCCCCUACCUGUCCCAGGUCACCUCCCCCCUCUGUGACACCAGGUCACCGCUGUGCACCAUGGCCUUUUCCCCCGGAGCUGAGUGUGUGUGGAGACCAUGGCCUCAGUGA